CAGUCAUGUUGUGUAGUUUUAGAUAGAAACAUCCUGUUGGGCGGCAGGAACUUUAAUGUUUGGGAAGUUUAUGUUUUGCGUUGGAAGAUAUUAUUUAAUAUAGUUUGCUAAGAAACCGAGCUGAUACGUUUUAACCACAUAGUCUUAACGUUUUAAUUAGAUUCACGUAACCUCCAAUGGUAGGAUUUAACGAAGUGUUAAAUUGAUCACCUUAGGCGACAGACGUUAAUGUUCCAAGUGCUAUACUGGAUAGGAUGUCGGAUAUUAGAUCGGAUAGCACAAGUUCAACUGUUCUGCAAAGACUACUUGCUGAGCAUUACAGAGCACGUGGGUCAAGUGGACUGACAUCUCCAAUGGCUUUAUCGGGAUUCGAACCUGGGAUGCAGGAUUGUAGCUUUGAAAAUGAGAAAUGUAAAGACUGUGGGCUAAAUAACUGCAACUGCCACGCAAGGGAAGAUAAGAUGGAAAAUACUCAGUUUGGAAUGAACAGAACUCAAGCUGAGGCCGCUCGUCUUGAUUCUCUCUGCCGUUCGACGUUGAUAACAACAGAUAGCUCACCAUACAACACAGAUUAUAUACAAGACAGAAAGCAAGCUCGUCGCCCACCGCCAACUUAUUCAGAGCAACGUCCUGUAGGUGAUUAUACGAGUGUGCCUGUCGUUACCCAGCAGCUGUAUGUUGCAGAGAAUCGAUCACACGAAGUGUUUUCAUCGCCAGUUAAACAGCAGGACUUCUCACAGUUUGGAAACAACACAAACGUCACAAAUCCUAAAAGACCUCAGGGACAUCCAAAGUCAAAUAGCGGCGACGAUUACUUGUACACCGACUACUUAAGAAAAUCAGGCAGAGAGGCGCACAAGAACGGUUCGUUUGGUAACCUCUCGGGUAAAACCAGCAGCGUAGUUCGAUCUAGUUCAUUACACCAAGCCCAGGAUCACUUAUUGGAGCGUAAACUCUCAAGGAAAGUCCAUCGAAUGUCGAUGGAAGAGGAAAAGCUUGAACUGGUCAACAGGAAACAUAAAAAACAAAACCGUCCGAAAUCUCAUUCGGAAAUAUCGGCUAUUUUCGACUUCACUAGGCAGAAACCUGCCAGCAUGGAUAGCCAUGAUUUGAAAGGAGCGUCUGCAGUAUCGUUAUCGUCGUUUCAACACCCGGAUACUCGUAAUGAAAUAUCAGCGGUCAACAUGCUAGACAGUUUGGUGCGGAUUCAACAAUCUCAGAUAUCACCGUGUAUGAACGAAGAAUCUUAUAACUCUGAACCAAAGUCAAGCGACAGCGGUCUCCCUUCGACACCGGGCAGCAACAAAACAAUUUACAUGCAAGGUCAAUCUUCGAGAAACUUCUACCAAAAUAAAGGAAUACCUUCGUGGCAAAAGGAACAACAGAACAAUAUACAACAACAACGACGACCGCCUCCCCCUUACCCUGAUUGUCCAACUUCUGCAGAACCUACCCAGCACCCCAUACGACCAAACACUCUCCCGCUUGGUGAUAUUAACAGUAUGAAAAGCAACGAAAACCAGCUCAGUCCUGUUGUUUGUAUGGCGGACGAAUCCGGCCAAUUAACCCCCAUCCAAGGGACUGGCUUUUACAGCAACCAACGCGGUUUGAGAUACGUUCAACAUGUGAACCCUAGGACCCCUAUCACAUCCGGAUCCCCCCACUAUAUAAGACGUACGGGUAGCGGUAACAGUGUACGAGGUGUAGUGGUACAGUCGCCAUGUUGUACACCAUCUGUGGUAACAGACAGCGCGCAGAAUUACAUCCCAGUGGCGAGCACCCCAACUAAGCAUGGCGAGCGUACUAACCUCACGCACGCGAUGGAAAUGGACUUCAUGAAUCAAACGGACGAUUCCUAUCGGGUCGCAUACCGUUCGAAGCAAUCAUCAUCAAACGGUAGAAACACCGAGAGCAACUUCCAAACUGAAAACCGCUCAAAAGCGCAGCCACAUUUGGUUGAAAGAUUGGAACUUGAAAACGAGAAUCUUCACAGUAAACUUCAAAGCACGCUUCAGAAACUCAAGAAAUUUGAAACGAUCGAAGCUGACUUGAAGCGAUUGACUGAAGACCACCGAGCAUUGUAUCAAUCCGCAGCCAAGCGUGAAGCUUUGGAAACUGAGAUGCGAACGUCAUUAUCUUCACAAGUUCGUGUGCUGGAUCUAGAAAACACCAAUUUAAAAAAUCAACUGAUGGUUGCCACUAAAUCCGAAGAGAUUCUCUCCCAAGUUGAAACGAAAAAAGAAAACCUCUCUGAAAUCGAAGACAUGCAGAAAUAUGAAGCAAAAAAUCGAAAGUUGCUCGAAAGCGAACGUGAGCUCUUGGAAGAAUUAGAGGAAAGAAGAGAGCGGAUGUUGGAGCAGAAGGAAGAUAUCGACUUCUUGUCCAACUCUUUACAGAAGUCGCAAGAUACAAUUAAUCAUUUGAAGGAACAAUUGAAAGGAACGAACGUAUACGAGACAUAUGUAGAUGAACUAUCCAUACUUCGUAACAUAGUAGCUGAACGACAACAAGUGGAAAAAGCUUUACUUGAUAGUUUGAGCCACGAUCUCGCUAUGAAGCACACGAACGACGACGACGCGGCCAAAGGCGAUGUAAAGACCGUCAUAGACGAUGCUUAUAUAAGCAAGGAUAGCCAGAUGCUCAGGAUAAAAGCUGAACUCGUUAAGUGGCAGCAUAUUUACUUGAAGCAAGACCUCAUACAUUCAGCCGAAAGAGCUCAAAAGGAGAGGCAGGCAUCCGAGUACCACAAGCAUCGGCAUACUAUAUCAGACUCCGGUGUUUACGGAUGCGAUAUUCCAUCUCUUCUCAACAUGGACGACCACACAGAUGACACUUGCGUAUCUGGUUUAAAAACAGACGAUUACUUUCCAAGAGUUAGUUUGGCUUCAACGCGUAAAGACUUCUCUUGCCAAACGCCCGACGACGAGCUAUCAGCAACUACAAUUGAUCAGCAUAUAUACCGAGGUUGUGAAGUGCUGAGUACGUCCCAGGUCGCAGUCGCAGUUCAAACUAGUAAUAAGCGGAAUUCUGACGUCCCUUCGGAGGGUUAUCACUCUCAGCAAUCUUCUGGUUCCCCAACACCCAACGGUGAUAAGUCGACGCUUUAUUUUCCCGAAUGCAACAGCUCAAAUAAAGACACACGCUUUAGAACAAGCCAAUGUGCAGACGUUUAGCUCGUAUAUAGUAGGGUGGGAUAAGACGGGACACGCUUCAUUAUAUUUUCUCGUCCAAUUUGGCGGCAAAUAAACAAUAUUUACAAAAUUAUAUCUUAACGACUUUCAAACCACUUUUUUAUUGUUCAAAACACGAUCAGUAAAUAUAGGAUUUAAGUGCCAACGGUAUCCCAUCUUACCCCACAGCGCUAUACCUUAUUUUUUGCGUAUUUUACUUCUCCGUUCUUACUAAAGUGACACGGUUUAUGCAUUGUCUUAUUCCUCAAGUUACACGGCAAACUAUUGCCACACAGAAACAAACCAAACGGUAUACUGUUUGCGACCUAUUUUCACCAAACGGUGCCAUGUUUGUGUUUUAUCCCGGCCAGCGUACAUUAAGCAGCAUAUAGGUCGAUUACGUGUCCUGCUUACGUCAUACCUUGCCAUAUUUCUAUUUUACAAGACACAUUUAUAACUAGAGUUGCCUCCACCACUCUAUGAGGUGUAUAAGCUUGGCAGCUACUUUCAGUUCAUCCCGUGCCGUACCUCAAACUCUCGCACGAACUGAUAUUUUCGUAUUUAAAGUGCAAUCUGUUGAAACAGUCUGAAAUUGUUGAUACCCUGCAGUAUACAUUGUAUGUGCUUAAAUGUAAAACUUAAUUUCAGCGCGAGUUCAACCUAAUAAAGCUUUUUAAAGUA